CACAAUUUUAAAGGGUGCCUCUGGACUGUCCAUCAUUUUAAAGGGUGCCUCCGGACUGUCCAUCAUUUUAAAGGGUGCCUCCGGACUGUCCAUCAUUUUAAAGGGUGCCUCCGGACUGGCCAUCAUUUUAAAGGGUGCCUCCGGACUGGCCAUCAUUUUAAAGGGUGCCUCCGGACUGGCCAUCAUUUUAAAGGGUGCCUCCGGACUGGCCAUCAUUUUAAAGGGUGCCUCCGGACUGUCCAUCAUUUUAAAGGCUGCCUCCGGACUGUCCAUCAUUUUAAAGGGUGCCUCCGGACUGUCCAUCAUUUUAAAGGGUGCCUCCGGACUGGCCAUCAUUUUAAAGGGUGCCUCGGGACUGGCCAUCAUUUUAAAGGGUGCCUCGGGACUGUAUAUAAUUUUAAAGGGUGCCUUGGGACUGUCCAUCAUUUUAAAAGGUGCCUCCGGACUGUCCAUCAUUUUAAAGGGUGCCUCCGGACUGUCCAUCAUUUUAAAGGGUGCCUCAGGACUGUCCAUCAUUUUAAAGGGUGCCUCAAGACUGUCCAUCAU